AUGGCAGAACUCAUGAUACUCGAACAGAUACCAUCACAGCAAGCCCACUACCAAGUCGACGACAAUGUAACUAGUCAUCAUGGACACGAAAGCAUUGUAGAGGACCAUGCUGCGGAGCCAAGUGAACGACUGGCCGCAGAGUACCCAACAGGCAUCAAACUCUGGCUGACCAUCCUUUCCGUGGUAUCCAUUCUCGUCCUCGCCAGCAUAGACAUGAACAUAGUCGCCACAGCCGUACCAGCCAUCACCGAUCACUUCCACACAGUAGCCCACGUCGGCUGGUACUCAUCCGCCUUCAGACUCAGCGUCUGCGCCUUCCAAUUCAUCUUCGGCAAAGCAUACAAGCUCUUCUCCGUCAAACGCAUCUUUCUCCUGUCCAACUUCAUAUCUAUGGUUGGAUCUCUGCUUUCAGGCGCUGCUGUCUCGUCAACAAUGCUUGUUGUUGGGAGGGCUGUUGCUGGGCUGGGAUCUGCAGGGCUAUUCGCGGGCUCAUUCAUCAUCAUCGUUCAAUCAACUCCUCUGCGUCGACGGCCCGUUUUUCUUGGCUUUCUGGGCGCUGCUGAAGGUCUCGCUACCAUCGCAGCGCCAUUGCUUGGUGGUGCACUUCAGACACUCAGCUGGCGAUGGUGUUUCUACAUCAGCGCGCCCAUUGGUGCCCUUACUCUUCUUCUUACCAUGUUUUGCCUUUCGGAGGAUCAGAAGUCGGGUGGAGCUACUGAAUUGUCUUUUAAGCAGAAGUUUGCUCAGCUUGACCUCGUUAGCAACAUGCUGUUCCUCCCCGCCCUCACAAGCCUUUUUCUUGCGCUCUCAUGGGCAGGUACUGUGUACCCAUGGAGUAGCGGCCAGGUGAUUGGACCUCUAGUUACGUUCUCUGUACUCCUUGGAGUGUUUAUCUUCAACCAAAUCCGCCGAGGCGACGCCGCUGCACUUCCGCCUCGCAUCAUGCAGCAACGCUGUGUCGUAGCCGGUUUCAUCUUCAUAUUCUGCGUCAACAGUACAGGUGUAGUGCUGGAGUACUAUUUGCCCACCUACUAUCAGCUUGUCCGUGGCUACACGCCCGUCAACAGCGGUUAUAUGAUGUUACCCAUCAUCAUCGCGGCAACAGUCGGUUCACUCAUCCACGGAGCAGGGACAAGCGCAUUCGGUUACUACACGCCUUUCAUGCUCUUCGCUUCCAUCAUCAUGCCAAUCGCUGCUGGCCUUAUCACCACGUUCAACAUUGAUACCAGUUUCGAAAAGCUUAUUACUUACUCGGCGCUUUCUGGCCUGGCAUAUGGUAUUGGCUUCAUCGGUCCUCAAACGGCCGUACAGACAGUUCUCCCAGCUGAAGACGUCCCCCUCGGUCUAUCCAUCAUGUUGUUUGCUCAAUCUUUCGGUCCCGCUAUAUCUGUUCCCAUUGCCCAGGUACUCUUCACAAACCGACUUUCUGAUAACCUUAAUGGUGUCGUACCGGGUCUAAAUGGAACGCAUAUCAGCAACAGCGGCCUUACCGAGAUCGUUAGCAAUGUGCCGGAGUCUGCCACAAGAGAGGUCCUAGUUGCAAUCGAUAAAAGCCUCGGGCAGACAUGGUAUCUCGUAGCUGGGCUGGCUUCAAUUGCGAUAGUUGGAAGCUUGAUGACGGAAUGGAGAUCGGUAAAAGAGAAACGCGAAUGA